GCAAAUGAAAUCGCUUUAGCGUAUAAAGGCAUCAAAAUUGCUGUAUUAAGUGAUGGUGAAAUCUAUUGCCAUCGGAAAGAGGAACGUAUUGCUAGAACAUUUGGAAUUAUGGAUAAGCGUCAUCCUGUUGUCGAUCAAAUAAUGCAGAGCGGUGACUGGUUGCUCGGCGGUGAUAUUCAAGUUUUGGAGCGGAUAAAAUUUGAUGAUGGUUUGGACAAAUACAGAAUGACACCAAAGGAAUUACGUAAUCAUUUUCAAAAAUCGAAAUGUGAUGAAGUGUUUGUGUUUCAACUACGAAAUCCUAUACACAAUGGCCAUGCACUUUUAAUGAAGGACACAAGAGAAAGAUUAUUGAAGAAGAAUUUUCGAAAUCCUAUGUUGUUGCUGCAUCCAAUCGGUGGUUGGACAAAAGAUGACGAUGUUCCUUUAAAAGUUCGGAUUGAACAACAUAAAGUUGUUCUGGAGGAAGCUGUGCUUGACCCUUCUUGGACUGUUCUUUCAAUAUUUCCAUCACCUAUGUUAUAUGCAGGUCCUACUGAGGUCCAGUGGCAUGCUCGCGCGAGAUUGGCUGCCGGAGUUACUACUUAUAUAGUUGGCAGAGAUCCUGCAGGUCUACCACAUCCUGAUACUGGAGAUUACCUUUAUGAUCCGUCCCAUGGUGCAAAGAUUUUGACAAUGGCUCCUCACCUAAUGUCUCUUAAAGUUAUACCUUUCCGUGUUGCUGCUUAUGAUAAGGUAAACUGCAAAAUGGCAUUUUUUGAUGAAUCGCGGAAGGAGGAUUUUAUAUUUAUCAGUGGAACAAAGAUGCGAAAUUUCGCUCGUAAAAAUAUUCAGCCACCAAAUGGUUUCAUGUCACCUAAAGCUUGGCAAGUUAGUAAUAUUUUUUGUUUUGUUGUUGAAAUUUUUUGA